UUAUUUUAACCUAGAUCUUAUAUUAAGGAUGCAUCUAUUACUUGAACCCGCUAUUAUAUGCAGUAUUUUACGUCGGUCAUUAAUUUAUGUAAUGUACACUGUCAUUCCCUAAUUUAGAUAAACUUUACUUCUAUAGAGAUGGGAUCAUAUUCGUAAAUUAACCAUGAUGCCAGCAGUGUACACAUUUGUGCGAAGUGACAAUGAAAUUCUCCAAGAACUACUCAGAGUAUUCAGUUCUGGCAGAGGGAACACGAGAGAACAAUGGUGUAUCCACGCCGAGGCGUUAGUAGAGCCUGUAGGCUGGGAUGCAUUGUGGAAACUUUCCAAAGAGUUCUGCAAAAAGUUUGAGGUGAGAUUUCCCUGCGUAGCGUAUGUGUCAGUAACAUCAGUGAACUUUGAGGAACUAACAGCGAACAUUGAAGUGCUGAGUGUGCAGCAUGAAGGUGUAUCACUACCGGAAACAGUUACCGAUGUACCAUUGAUAGAAUUGAGACCGACGAUCAAGCAGAGAGAGGAAUGCGUGAAUGCGGCUAGCACUGCGGAGUUUAUCGAUUUGUUAAGAUUUUACUAUGAUAACAUUUGGAUGCCAUGGGACGACCAAGACAGUAAAAUACUCCUACCCAAAAAUAUAGAAGACCGCAUGGUGCUAUGGUCUGAUCUACACAACGGCAAAAUACCAGGGUGUGUGGCUCGCUCCAUCACACUGCUGCGUAAUAGUGCAAUAAACGCUCAUGAGAAAUUAAAGGACUUUGAAUUGUCAAUGUGUGAUGACGAUCUUGUUGAUGAAGAUGACUCCAUGUUACCAGCAAAUGAUAUACUCGCAUAUGCAGAAAUAAACACAAGGCUAGAUGGGAUAAUGUCCAAAUGGAAUUUAUAUGAAGAUCCAUUAAUUAGGGAGCGAUACAUUGCCAAAGCCAAAAACUUGUGGCAGAAGAAUAAAAGUAAAAAGAAUGUUGUAGCGCUAUGGCAAGGCGGUUCAAUAUCAGAUUUCACGGAACUAUCGAAAUUUCUCCAAACUCAUCUUACAAACGAUCACACACUAACUAUAACAGCGUCUGUGGAAGAUGGUUUUGCUUUGGAGCCCGAUGAAGUCGUUAUAUGUAGUAACACUUAUGAAAUACCGGAGAUACCGUUGUCCUGUGUGUCUAUAUGCAGCUUGAAAGGAGCAACAUUAAAAGCGCCAGACAUGCGUUCAUGUCUCCUAAUGCUGAACGAGGAAUGCAGGCUUCAAGACUUAACCCUACACUGUGAACAAGUUAACACGAUUGUUGUUAUGAAAUCUGGGAGUCUUCAUAUGAGAAAGUGUGAGCUUCUCGACGAUACUAUGAGCAGUCAGAGUGAUUGUGCGCAAGGUAUUGUCGCUCAGGCGGGCGCUAAAAUACUGCUGGAGCACUGCUUGUUUGAAAACUUUUAUUCCGGAAUCGUCGUUCAUAAAGGAGCUCAAGUUGAAUUAAGGAACUGCGUGAUAAAGAAGUGCGGUGUCGGCAUACAAAUGUAUCUAGGCUCUGAAGUGAAGCUAACGGACACCGUCAUACAGGACUGCUCUGAACAGAGCAUACGCUGUGAAAUGGACGAUCUCUUGUACCAUGAGAACACGGAAGGGCUUCACAUAGCAGAUAAUUGUAAAAUAGGUUCGGGAGAUCUAGGCAAAGAGGUUGUAAUCGUAAAUCAAAAUGUUAACAUUGGUUAGUUUUAAUAAAUGUUUACAAAUACAUGUACCUUAAUUUUACAGUAAUGUUCGAUUCCAAUUUUAUUAUUAAAAUAAUAAAAUAAAAUGGUAGCUUUAACUUAUAAUGUACUUUAUGGAGCUUACGCAUAUUUUUAAUUUUUAUGUUUAAGAAGUGAAACAGUAUGUUAUGUUUGUUCAAUAUUAUAUUUUUAAAAUAUG